AAAGCUUGUCUCCAGCAAGAUGGCUGUUAUUGUUGUUUGGGAUGAAGAAGGAGCUUGAGCGGACAUCCGACAGAAAUCCCAAAAGACCCUCCGACUCCUUCGUCGACACCGCGCAGCGCUACCAAGAAGACCGACCGAACCCAAACCAAACGACGUGUUUCUCCCGGGCGUGCACUGAGGAAGGAGCACGAUGGACACCACCACAUCCAUCAAGAUGACCACGCUGGCCAUCCAGAAGCUGUUUGGCUACGUGGAGGAGGAGAAUGUGACGGCGCUGCGAGAUCAUCUGGACCGCUUCAAGGAAGUAGACGGACGCAGCGACAAUGGACAGACCCCGCUGAUGCUGGCCGCUGAGCAGGGCAGUCUGGACAUCGUGCAGGAGCUCAUCCGCCAGGGAGCCAAUGUCAACCUGGACGACGUGGACUGCUGGUCGGCGCUGAUCUCAGCUGCCAAAGAAGGCCACGUGGAGGUGGUCAAAGAACUGCUAGAGAACAGCGCCUACAUUGAGCAUCGCGACAUGGGAGGAUGGACGGCACUAAUGUGGGCCUCCUACAAAGGCCGGGUGGAGGUCACCAAGGCGCUGCUAGAGAAUGGCGCCAACCCCAACACCACCGGACAGUAUAGCGUCUACCCCAUCAUAUGGGCCUCCGGGCGAGGACACGCAGACAUCGUUAAACUCUUGCUGGAUGGUGGCGCCAAGGUCAACUGUUCCGAUAAGUACGGGACGACGUCUCUGAUCUGGGCGUCAAGGAAAGGCCAUUUCGAGUGCGUCAUGCACCUGCUGGAGCACGGCGCUGACGUCGACCAGGACGGGGCGAACUCCAUGACGGCGCUGAUCGUGGCGGUGAAGGGCGGCUUCACGGAUGUGGUGAAGGAGCUCCUCAAGAGGAACCCCAACGUCAACAUGACGGACAAAGAUGGCAACACUGCUCUGAUGAUUGCAGCCAAAGAAGGCUACACAGAGAUUGUGCAGGACCUCCUGGACGCUGGCACCUAUGUCAACAUUCCCGACCGGAGCGGCGACACAGUUCUGAUUGGGGCCGUGAAGGGGGGUCACGUGGCGAUCGUCAGAGCUCUGCUGCACAAAUAUGCCGACAUCGAUAUUAGAGGACAGGAGAGUAAGACAGCGUUGUAUUGGGCGGUGGAGAAAGGCAAUGCCACCAUGGUGCGAGAUAUCCUGCAGUGCAACCCUGACACAGAGACUUGCACCAAGGACGGCGAGACGCCGCUGAUUAAAGCCACCAAGAUGAGGAGCAUUGAGAUCGUCGAGCUGCUGCUCGACAAAGGGGCCAAGGUUUCGGCCGUCGACAAGAAAGGAGACACGCCCCUCCACAUCGCCAUCCGGGGACGUAGCCGCCGAUUGGCGGAACUCCUCCUUAGGAACCCCAAAGAUGGCCGCCUGCUCUACCGUCCCAACAAGGCAGGCGAGACGCCGUACAACAUCGACUGCAGCCACCAAAAGAGCAUCCUCACACAGAUCUUUGGUGCCCGUCACCUGUCGCCCACCGAGUCAGACGGCGACAUGCUGGGCUACGACCUGUACAGCUCGGCCCUGGCCGACAUCCUCAGCGAGCCCACCAUGCAGCCCCCCAUCUGCGUGGGCCUCUACGCACAGUGGGGCAGCGGAAAGUCCUUCCUGCUCAAGAAGCUUGAGGAUGAGAUGAAGACGUUCGCGGGGCAACAGAUGGACCCACUGUUGGGUUUGUCAUGGCUCGUGGCCGUCCUGUCUCUACUGUUGUGCAGCGCCGUGGCGGUGGUCCUAGGCUUCACUUUGGACCCCAAGCUGGCCAUGGCCGUCUCACUCAGCCUGCUUGCGCUUCUCUACAUCUUCUUCAUGGUGGUGUACUUUGGGGGCCGGCGUGAGGGGGAUAACUGGAACUGGGCGUGGCUCCUCAGCAACCGCCUGGCCCGCCAUGUCGGAUACAUGGAGCUUCUCCUCAAGCUGAUGUUUGUUAAUCCACCGGAGCUCCCGGAGCAAACCACCCGAGCGCUGCCUGUCAGGUUUCUCUUCACCGAUUACAAUCGACUGUCAAGCGUCGGCGGCGAGACGUCGAUGGCCGAAAUGAUUGCCACUCUUUCGGACGCCUGCGAGAGGGAGUUCGGCUUCCUCGCCACGCGCCUCUUCAGGGUCUUCAAGAGUGACGAGACACAAGGAAAAAGCAAGUGGAAGAAGACUUGCUGCGUGCCGUCGUUUGUGCUGUUCGCGCUGGUGACGGCGUGCUUGGUGAGCGGCAUGGCGCUGAUGGCCGUCUUCCAAGUGGGCGGGGACAACCACACAGUCAACGGUGUACUCAUAGCGCUGGGCGGCGUGUUGGGCAUGGCUCUCCUGCUUAACUGCCGCACAUGGUGGCGGGUCUCCGACUCUGUGCUGAACUCGCAGAGGAAGCGGCUUCACGGCGCCGCCAACAAGAUGCACAAGCUCAAAAGUGAAGGCUUCAUGAAGGUUCUGAAGACCGAGGUGGAGCUCAUGGCCAAGCUGGCAAAGACUAUUGAUGGUUUCACCCAGCAUCAAACUAGGUUGGUGGUGGUCAUUGACAGCUUGGACUCAUGUGAACAGGAUAAAGUUCUGCAGAUGCUCGACACGGUGCGAGUCCUAUUCUCCAAAGGUCCCUUCAUCUCCAUAUUCGCCAGCGACCCGCACAUCAUCAUCAAGGCCAUCAACCAGAACCUCAACACCGUCCUGCGGGACUUUGUCAAUGGACACGACUACAUGAGGAACAUCGUCCACCUGCCCGUCUUCCUCAACAGCAGAGGCCUGUCCACUGCCAGGAAGAUGGGCGGCGCCGCCGUCGGCGUGCCUGCCAACGGAGACGCUGCCAACGCUGAGGGUGGAGGAUGGCACGAGGAGCUGGACAGGAAGUUGUCGCAGCACAGCUUGGGAGAACUCACUAAGUUUGGCAGCAAGACCGCCCUCAGCCGCCGGGACACGUACCGGCGGCGCCAAAUGCAGCGCUCGGUGACUCGCCAGAUGUCAUUCGACUUGACCAAGCUGAUGGUGACUGAAGACUGGUUCGCGGAUAUCAGUCCCCAGAGCAUGAGGAGGCUCCUCAACAUCGUCUCCGUCACUGGCCGUUUGCUGAGAGCCAAUCAGAUCUCGUUCAACUGGGACCGCCUGGCCUCGUGGAUCAACCUGACGGAGCAGUGGCCGUACAGGACGUCCUGGCUCAUCCUCUUCCUGGAGGAGAGCGACGCUGUUCCCGAUCAGGCCACGCUCAAGAACAUUUACGAGAGGGUGUUGAGAAACAUUCCGACCACCAAAGACGUGGAACCUCUGCUGGAAAUCGACGGGGACAUUCGCAACUUUGAGGUGUUCCUGUCCUCGCGGACACCCGUUCUCACCGCCAGGGACAUCCGCACCCUCCUGCCCUGCACAGUCAACCUCGACCCCAAACUACGAGAAAUCAUCGCCGAUGUGCGUGCGGCCCGUGAGCAGGUGAACCUUGGCGCUGUGGGUUACCCGACCGUGCCGGAGGUCCAGCCCCGCCCCACCUCCAUGUACAGCCAGGUGUCGUCGGCGUGCUCGCCGUCCGCCUCUUUCAGCGGACCCUUCAACCUUCCACCGGGGGCGGUAGUCUCGCCUCCGCCGCCUCACAGUAGUUACUACAGCGGCAUGGCUGGACCCCAGCACCCCUUCUACAACAGGCCAUAUUUCCCUCACCACCAUCACCUUCACCAGCUGCCACGCCCCCUGGUGGCGGCCUACCCAUCACACCACCUUCCUCGCAUGCUAGCUAAGAGCGCGGCCACCCGUGACACCUCUGCAAGUGGCUCCGCCUCCGUUGUGUCGGCGUCACCGGCGACCCUCCUCAGCUCCAUGACAACGGAUGGUGUGUGCGAGCGCGUCAGACAACUCCAGGGCAUCGACCACAGCAUGUUGGCUGCGUACACCGCCACCAUCAGGAAGGCCAACGUGAACGGCCGAGUUCUGUCCCAGUGCAACUUGGACGAGCUGAAGAAGGAAAUGAACAUGAACUUUGGAGACUGGCAGCUCUUCCGAGCCAGCGUGCUGGAAAUGCGUCAGGUGGAGAGUCAGGUGCUGUACGAGGAGGCCGCCAGCGAGCAAGGCAGCGUAGUGGGGGCCCAUCCUGAGGCGGCCCGGCGGGCUACUGCACCGGCCCGCGCCGGGCACGCCCCCAGCGACAUAUCCCCCAUGUAUAGCUUCACUCUGAGCUUCGAUGACCUCAGCACGAUUGGCUUGGAGGAGCAGCCCCCGCCCAGAUAUGCCAACGCGCAAUGGAUGGGCGGCCCCCGGCGUGCCAGCAGCAUCACGAGCCUCAAUUCACAGGAAUCCAGCAACGACAUCGCCAAACUGACAGAUAAGCAGCAAGCCGAGUACAGGUGCGCCUACCAGGAGUACAUUGCCCAGAUGGCCCAGCUGGAGGGUGGCGGUGACAAGCCGGUCCAGCCCCAACCGGGACAUUUUAUGACGCCAUCUUUAGACCAAGGCGCCAAGGAUGGGGUCGAGCAAGACGGGCGCAAGGCCUUCGCGAGUAAGAGGGGUGGCGGUAAAGCGUCGUCCGACAACACCGACAGUGGCGAAGCACUGGAUCCAAUCACAGAAGAAGAGGAAAAAGGAGACCAUAGUUCCUCCAAGUCUUUGUUGGCUCGCAAGACCUCAGCAGAACGGGGCAGCCUUUUCCCAGGUACCAAGCCAGGUGGUGGCGGCGGGCUGCGCUACCAGAAGCUAACCAGCGAUGACGAGGAAUCUGAGGAAUCCGACACCCUGCUGCUGAAAGAUGGGAAAGCGGCGGCUGAUGCCAAAAUGGGCGGCUGCUCCCUGGCCCUGAAGGGGAAGGAUUACUUGUCGGACGCCACGUUGGAUAAGAAGGAUUCAUCCGACUCGGGCGUGCGCUCCAAUGAAAGCUCGCCCAACCAUUCGCUGCAGGACGAGGAAGCUGACCUGUCACAGACGGAACGCGCUGACUUGAUCCAGCUCAACGAAAACGGCGCCGCCCGCAAGCGAGGUCCUCCCGUCGCCCUCCAGGAACCCGCCGAGACCCGCAUGUCCAUCUGCAGCCCUGACGAAACCUGGCCCGCUGGUAAGACCUGGAACCUGAACCGCACACCCAGCAGCGUCACGCUCAACAACAACACCAACGCUCAGAUGGAGGAGCAACCUCGCCAGACGCCCCACACCAACACCGCGUCCCCCACCAGCGACGCCAUCAUCCCCCCCACAUCCAGCACCACCACCACCCGCCCCGGCCCCAACAAUGAGAACGUGCGGGUGGUCCACCUGAAGAGGGGCCUGAAGCCGGGAGACCCUCCGGAGGUGUGCACCAUGACGGCCGAUGCCGUCGCCUUCGGAGAGGAGCGGGAGAGCAUCCUGUGACCAAUGGCAAACGUGUGACUCGUGAUUAGGUUUGCAAAAUUUUAGAAAAUUGGGAACUUUCCAAGGGAAUUAACACAAAUUUUAAAAAUUUUAAAAUUGGCACUGAAGAAGGAACUGAAAUACGGUGGAUCCCACUAUGCACGGGGAUAAAAACAUUGCCUCAUCCCGUAUAGACAAAACUGCAAAUAAUUGGCGUUAAUCAUCCAUCCAUCCAUUUUCUCAGCCGCUUAUCCUCACAAGGUUCGCGGCUUAGUGCUGGAGCCUAUUUCACCUGUCAACGGGUAGGAGGCGGGGUACACCCUGAACAGGUUGCCAGCCAAUCGCAAGCCACAUAGAGACAAACUGUCACACUCACAAUCACACCGAGGGGCGAUUUAGAGGGUCCAAUUAAUGUUGCAUGUUUUUGGGAUGCGGGAGGAAACCGGAGUGUGCCCGGAGAAAACCCACGCGGGCACGGGGAAAACAUCUAAACUCUACACAGGAAGGGCUGGGAUUGAACCCGGGUCGUCAGAACUGUGAGGCCAACGCUUUCCAGCUGCGGCACCGUGCUGCCUGGUGUUAAUUAUAAUUACCAGAAAAUUUUAAAUAAAGUGUAUUAGAAAGAAAAUACGACAAAUAAUGCGAAAAAACAAGCAGUGUGGCUGCAAGUGCAGUGCAGUGGUGCGACUUGGACUUGUGGUUGCCCCAAUGUGCAUUUCUUUUUUUUUUUUAGCCUUUGCUAGGUUGGUAUUUUUUAGCUUUGUGUUGUGAACCAAAAUUUUGAUUGAACAUGAGCUUAAAAAAGGGCGCAAUCUAGGUGCUGUAAUUUUUGUGUGGGCAGAGGAAGAACAUUUUGCAUGGAUAUUUUGGCUUUAAUGUGGCAGCAGGCUUUAUUCUGCAGUCCACCUUAAAUUCUCAGAUUCCCAUGGAGAGUUUUCAAUUUGGAAAAUGUCCAAAAAAUUCCCCAUUUUAACGUUCUUUAAAUUUUCCACACCUCCACAACAUUCCCAUGUUUGGUGUUUUUGUGCGUAGACGUAAGCUAACUUGUUGUGACGCCAAAUUUGUGCUCGAUGUUUACAUCAGGGGUCCCCAACUAUGGAAGUAAAUUAGUGCUACCAGGAUUUGAAUUUGAAAUGCCACAGAAAACAGGAUUUCAAAUUGAAAUGCAAAGCGAUCACAUUUUGACUAGUUGCUACAAUUCGUUGUCUGAAAUUCAACCAGCUACAAUUCGCUGGCUAAAAUUUACCACCUGUGCCACCAGGCAGGGUUACUUCAGGUCAGAACCGAACAGCCAGCCAAUCGCAGUUACGCUUUCUUAGUCACGUGAUGUCACAUCCUAAGAAAGCGUAACUGUGAUUGGCUGGGUGAAAUCACUUUACAUAUCAAAUUCAAAUCUUGGUGGGACGAAUAUACUUCCAUACAAACAACCAUGCCAGGUCCAUACAUCAAUGAGUACCGAACUCAACCACAUAUCAAAACUGAAAAAAAAAAUUCUGAAUGUGUUUUGAAAAUCUGCAAUCUUUGUUAUAAAAAGUGCUCAUCUUGUCCACAUUUCAGAGUAAAGUGUGAUCACAGUGGAAAACUGACUACAAAAAAAAAUAAAUGAAUAAAAUGGGACCCAUUCACUACCACAAAUUACAAAAGAAAAAAAAAGUUGGGGACCACAGUUUAGAUGUUUUACGGAAAUUGUUUUAAAACCCCAAUGUAGUACUUUACCAUCGCCAUUUGUGACUUGAUAUAUGUUUGAUGUUUAAAGUGAACAACUCAAGCUCUUGAGAAGUAUUUAUGAAAUGUCAACAUAAUUAAUGAUGUUCAGGAUAAAUUAAAAAAAAUGUGCAUGCUGGUUUGUCACGUAGUUGAAAAAAAGUGCAUGAAGAUGUGACGUUUUAGAAUAAAUUUGAGAUGGAGUCGCACCUGA